AUGAUUGGUUGUAAUAUUGGUAAUCAAUCAAAUAGAUUAGUCAAUUUAUCACAUCUUUUAUUAUCAAAGAUUAUUAAUUACUUAAAUGCUAAUGUAGAUAGAAUAGUUUUCAGUUUAGUAUGUAAAAGAUGGUUCAAUGAUAGACAAAGAUAUCUAUCAUUUAAUACCCAUCGUGUCAACAUCACUAAUGAUAAAUAUAUGCAAUUAAAUUCAUAUAAAUCGAUAAUCAUUGAUCAAAUCAAUAUAAAAACUAAAUGUAAAGUUUCUAUUGGUGAUGAGUUUAAACUCAAAUAUUAUGAUUAUCUGAUAUCAAAAGAUGAAUUAGUUGAUAUCGAUAGAUUAAGAACAUUAAAUAUUGAUAAAGUAGCUAUUGGUUUUGCAAGACUUAGUAAUGAAAAAAACAAAGAGUAUAUAAAGAAUCUCUAUCGAUUGAUAUCCGAUUUAAAUAUAUCAAAGUUAAAGAAUGUUCAAUCAUGUUCAGCAUUACCAAUGAAUAUUACAUCGUUAUCAUUCCUCUUGUUUCAAGAGGAUUUAGAACCUGGAUGUCUUCCACCAAAUUUGAAAACACUCAAGUUUGAUCGAAAUUUUGAUCGGCCAAUCAAAGCAGGGGUUCUUCCAAACACAUUGGUUAAAUUGAAUUUCAAUGAGUCUUUCAAUCAACUUCUCGAACCAGGAGUAUUACCAUCAUCUUUGAAGAUUCUCAAAUUCAAAGAUUCCGCUUUCAAACAAGAUAUUAAAGUUGGAACAUUUACUGAUCAUCUCGAAGAACUUGAAUUCUCUGGAUACUUUUCAUCUUCUAUCGAAGAUGGAGCAUUACCUCAGACUCUUAGAAUACUUGAAUAUGCACCAACAUCAUGGUUACCACAAAUCAAAACACUUUCAAAUCUCAAGACAUUAUCAAUAAGUCGUUUCAGACCAUAUUCACCAGAUCUUAUAAUCGACCUCAGUUGUCUCCCAACUUCACUCUCAAGAUUGGAAAUAUUCGCAGAUAUCACAUUGAUCAAUGCAAUACCACCAAAAAUCAGAUAUUUGGAUGUGGAGAAAUGUGAUUUUGAUUUCGAUAGUAUAUUCAAAGAUAGAUCGUUGUAUCAAUUUGAUUAUCUCAGGUUAAGUCCAAACCAAAUAACCACUCUUGAUGGAUUGAAAAUCAAAGAAUUAGAACUAAUUAUGAAGACGUCCGGUUCUGAUACAAAUAAUAGAUUGGAUAUUCCAUUUGGUAUUGAAACACUCUCUGUUCCGUUCACAUCGACAUUUCUACAUGAAAUGGAUUUACCAAGUUCAGUGAAAAAGUUGAUUAUCUCCACAGAGAUAUAUUGCAUCGAUACUCCUGAGAAACAAUAUGACUUGACUGGUGGAGGUCCAAUUCAAGAAUUGGUAAUAAUCUGCAAUGAAUUAUUAUAUUCUCGUGGAAUUUCAGCUCAGAUUCCAUCGAUAAUCUUUCCUCCAAAUACUUUAAUUGAACUCACCGAACUUCGAAAUGAAAAGAUAUGGAUUCGAAUGAUUGAUAAUCAAUAUUACCUUGUUUAUUGUCAAUCACCCAUCAUCGCUGCCAUUGUCCACAAAUCACAAUUAUACAAAUACAUUGUAUACUGUAUUAAACCAUAUAUAUUUAGAAAAACAAAUCAAACAUCAUUUUUUGUCAAAUGUUUGUUUUUAGACACAAGUUUUGGUAAUAAAUAUAAAAUGACUCUUAUCAAAUCUAUUUCUAUGAUUGGUGGUAAUUCAUUGGAGAGUGUUUCCAACAGUUUGAUCAAUGCAUCCAAUGGUCAAUCAUCAAGUGAUUCCAACAAUCAAGAACAAUGUUUUGGUUUUGGAAGAAGAAGAACAACCAACAUUAUCUUUGGUGAUCUCAAUGUCUUUGGUGGUGGUUCAUCUGGAUUCGGUUGUGGUGGAUGUGGUUGUGGUUGUGGUGGUUUUGGUUCAUUCUGA